CAAACUCUCAACCCCAACCGACACCCUUUUAGAGAUAAUAAUUUAGCCUUGCAACCUUCAUUAAUGGGAAAAUCAACAUUGGUUUUCCUAAUUACUUACCUUUUGUUGAAGCUCAUAACUUUUCCUCCUCAAGUGGUUUCUAUCUCCAACUGCAACGAACCAUGUCGAGACCUUAAUGACUGUGACGGUAAGCUCAUUUGCAUCAACGGAAAAUGCAACGACGAUCCCACCGAACAGACCCACAUAUGCCGGGCAACCACUGCUCCUCCUCCUCCUUCCGACGGUUGUCAACCAUCAGGCACUCUCACGUGCAACGGUUUUUCGUACCCCAAGUAUUCAUGCUCCCCUCCCAUUACGUCCUCUACACCGGCCAAACUCACAAACAAUGAUUUCAGUCAAGGAGGGGACGGCGGGGGCCCGUCGGAGUGCGAUGGAAAGUACCACUCCAAUAAAAACCUUAUCGUUGCCCUUUCAACUGGGUGGUACAACGGCGGGACACGAUGCAACCAGGUGAUCCAUAUUCGGGCUAAUAAUGGUCGGAGCGUGAAAGCAAAGGUGGUGGACGAGUGCGACUCAAGGAAUGGUUGUGAUGCAGAGCAUGCCGAACAACCACCGUGCGGGAAUGACAUUGUGAAUGGAUCGGAUGCGGUGUGGGAGGCAUUGGGACUGAAUAAGGAAGUUGGUGUGGUUAACAUUACUUGGUCUAUUGAGGAAACUAAAACUUCUGUUAUGGUGCUACAAUGCAUGCUGUAGUGGAUAAAUUAAUAGGGGUAAGAAAAAAAAACGUCAAUCCGCGAAUCCGGUCCAAACCUAUCUAAACUUUUGAUUUUUUAGUAGUGUAGUUUGGCUCCGGUUUCAAAAAAAUUUAAACCAUGUUUAAUGGUUUGGUCUGUGAAUUUAUGUUAACGGUUCCAGUUUCAAUCUAAACCGAACCAUAUGUGCGUAUGUGUAUAUGUACUAAUAUAUACACGAUUUAGAUACAUCAAAUAAAACUAGCCUAAGCCAUAGUCAAUUAAUUUCCUAAUCUCAUACUUUAAAUUUGUAGUCCAACAGGCUUGUUGCAUCCAAGAUUA